UCACAACCUAGGAGAGAGCUCUGGGGAAUCACCUAGCCAGAACUAUAUCCUCAUUUCAGAGAUGCAAACACUUGAGACCCAGCCAGGCUUACAGAGCCGGUUAGAGGUGCCCAUGCAUCCCCAAUUUCAGGGGGGUGCUGGAGUAGAUCCAAAAAGGAAGGCCUUCUUUGUGUUUUCUUGUUCCCAUCCUAUAGUUUCCACAUACUGAAGCAGUGAUGCAGAGUCCAGAGCUAGGGUUGGGCCUCCACAUAAGCUGCCUCCCCUGUCACACUACUGUGCAGCCAGCAGGACUGGCCCCAUCUUAUAACCCCUACCAUCCCGGCAGGCAGGGUACAAUGCACCUUCCUGACACCAUCCUGUUGCUGACAGUCCAGAACAAGCCCACGGAAGGAUGGCCAGCUCCUGCCCACAGAGGGUGGCACCACUCCUGGGGUCCCUUCACAGCUCUCCUCUGGUCUCCCACACAUUCCUGAUCUCUGUUCCUCACAUGGUGGGUCCCCCAGCUCUGCCCGGGAACCAGUGUCUGAAGGUGUUGCUGUAAACUGGCGCCAAGAGAAGAAAUGAGCCAGGUAGUCCUCCACAGGUCACUGGCACUGGGGCGGCCCCCGCCCCUUCCUCAUCUCGGCCCACUGCGUCGUGGGGGCCUAGAUGGGAGAGCUCAGGUCUAUUUACCUCUCUCCAGGCCACUCCACGCACACCCACCCCCGAGGCUCAGGAGAAGGAGUAGUAUCCAGGCUUCGGAGGGCCUGGACAGUCGGAUGGGUGGAGCGGCAGGGCCCGGACAGACCUUCAACAGGCCCCGCCCCCACACCCUGGCCCCGCCCGCGCUGCCUGCUUCCCUCCCGCCCUCCACCCUCCCGGCGACUUCACUCUAAGAGCCAGCUAGGAGCGGCAGCUGGGGCGUCAGGUGAGACGGACUCUCUAGUUCCUGCCGGUGUGUGUGUCCGCUCGUGCCAGGAGCUCAGACCCGAGGGCAGGGGAGGAGGGUAGACAUCACAGAAGUCCGCUGCCGGAGGACUCUCAGGACAGGUGCUGGACGCCGGUUCCAGCCCUCAAGUCUGCUCACAGCCAGGCCCCGGCCUGCGGGAAUCCCCACGAGGCCCCAUCUGGGCCUCAAUGGAUCUACUUCUGCCGCCCUCGCAGCCGUCCCUGUUGUUGCUGCUGUUGCUGUUGCGGCUGCGCCCAGCUGUUCCUGUGGCGGGAGGAUCCUGGCAGUGCCCGCGCACCCCCUACGCUGCCUCCCGCAACUUUGACGUGGAGUACGUGGUGCCCAGCUUCUCGGUCGGCGGGCCUGUACAGGCCCUGGCAACCUACGAGGACCGCGUGGACGGAAGUGCGGUGUUUGUGGCCACACGCAAUCGCCUGCAUGUGCUUGGGCCUGGCCUGAAGCCUGUCGAGAGCCUGGCAACGGGCCCUGCUGGGGACCCUGGUUGCCAGACGUGUGCAGCCUGUGGCCCGGACCCCCACGGCCCACCGGGGGACACAGAUGCAAAGGUGCUGGUGUUGGAGCCGGCACUGCCUGCAUUGGUCAGCUGCGGCUCGAGCCUGCAUGGCCGCUGCUUCCUGCAUGAGCUAGAGCCGGACGGGACCACUCUGCACCUGGCGCCACCAGUCUGCCUCUUCUCCGCCCACCACAACCGGCCUGAGCACUGUCCCGACUGUGUGGCCAGCCCUCUGGGCACCCUCGUGAGCGUGGUUGAGCAGGGCCAUGCCUCCUACUUCUACGUGGCAUCCUCACUGGACGCGGAGGUGGCAGCGAGCUUCAGCCCACGCUCAGUGUCCAUUCGGCGCCUCAAGGCGGAUGCUUCAGGAUUCGCACCAGACUUUGCGGCGCUGUCAGUGCUGCCCGCGCACCUCGCUUCCUACCGCAUUGAAUACGUGUACAGCUUCCACGCAGGAGCCUUUGUCUAUUUCCUGACAGUGCAGCCAGCCAGUGUGGCAGCCCCUCCAGGCGCCUUACACACGCGCCUGGCCCGGCUCAGCGCCGUUGACACCGACCUGGGCCACUACCGCGAGCUGGUUCUUGACUGCCGUUUUGCACCUAAACGACGGCGACGCGGUGCCUCUGAGGGCGGGCAACCCUACCCGGUUCUGCAGGCAGCCCACACUGCUCCGGUGGGUAGCAGAUUGGCCGCUGAGCUGAGCAUCGCCGAGGGCCAGGAAGUACUAUUUGGGGUCUUCACCGCUAGCAGAGACAGCAGCCCCGGUGUGGGUCCCAACUCUGUUGUCUGUGCCUUCCCCAUCGACCUGCUGGACACUCUCAUCGAGCAGGGUGUGGAGCGCUGUUGUGAGCCUCCGAUCCACCCUGGCCUCCGGCGAGGCCUCGACUUCUUCCAGUCGCCCAGUUUGUGUCCCAACCUGCCUGGGCUGGUGACCCCCAACCCCAACACCAGCUGCCGUCACUUCCCUCUGCUGGUCAGCAGCAGCCUGUCACGUGUGGACCUAUUCAACGGGCUGUUAGGACCAGUGCAGGUCACUGCGCUGUACGUGACACGCCUCGACAAUAUCACAGUGGCUCACAUGGGCACGACGGAUGGGCGCAUCCUACAGGUGGAGCUGGCCAGGUCUCUCAACUACCUGCUGUAUGUGUCCAACUUCUCACUGGGCAGUAAUGGGCAGCCCAUCAGACGGGAUGUCAGCCACCUUGGGGACCACCUGCUCUUUGCCUCUGGAGACCAGGUCUUCAAGGUACCUAUCCGGGGCCCUGGCUGCCGCCACUUCCUCACCUGUGGGCGUUGUCUGCGAGCACAGCGUUUCAUGGGUUGUGGCUGGUGUGGGGGCAUGUGUGGCCGGCAGAAGGAGUGUCCUGGCUCCUGGCAACAGGACCAUUGCCCACCCGAGAUUACUGAGUUCUAUCCCCACAGUGGACCCCUAAGAGGCAGCACGAGGCUGACCCUGUGUGGCUCCAACUUCUACCUGCACCCUACCGGUCUGGUGCCUGAGAAAACCCAUCAGGUCACCGUGGGCCAAAGUCCCUGCCGACUGUUGCCCAAGGACAGCUCAAACUUCAGCCCAGUGUCCCAGAAGGACUUUGUAGAGGAGUUUGAGUGUGAGCUGGAACCCUUGGGCACACAGGCAUCCGGGCCUGCUAACAUCAGCCUCACCGUGACCAACAUGCCACCAGGCAAGCACUUCAGGGUAUAUGGCACCUCCACGCGACAAGGCUUCUCUUUCAUGGAACCAGUGCUAAAGGACAUACAACCCCUCUUUGGCCCACGGGCAGGGGGCACCCGCCUCACCCUUAAAGGCCAAGGCCUGUCUGUAGGCACCAGCCGGGCUGUGCUGGUCAAUGGGACUGAGUGCCUACUGGAACGCGUCAGUGAGGGGCAGCUCUUAUGUACCACACCUCCCAGUGCUGCUACGGCCAGCGUUCCCAUUCGCCUGCAGGUAGGGGGUGCCCAGGUGCCUGGCUCCUGGACCUUUCAAUACCGGGAAGACCCCAUUGUGCUGGGCAUCAGCCCCAACUGUGGCUACACUGGCUCCCACGUCACCAUCCACGGCCAGCAUCUCAUGUCAGUGUGGCACCUCGAGCUGUCAUUCCAUGACGGGCAUAGGCUGGCAGCAAACAGGUGUGAGGGGAAGCUCCCGGAGAAGCGUUGGUGCCGCCUGCCUGAGUACGUGGUCCGAGGCCCCCCGGGGGGGGUGACAGGGAACCUGAGUGCCCGGGGGGAUGGGGCUGCUGGCUUCACACUGCCCAGCUUUCGCUUCCUGCCCCCGCCCCGUCCACCCAGCACCGACCUGGCCCCACUGAAGCCUGAGGAGCAUGCCAUUAAGUUCGAGUAUAUCGGGCUAGGAGCUGUGGCUGACUGUGUGGACGUGAACGUGACCGUGGGUAAUAAGAGCUGUGAUCACGAGCUUCGGGGUGAUGUGGUCAUCUGCCCCCUGCCCCCCUCCCUGCAACUGGGCAAGAAUGGUGCCCCACUGCAGGUCUGCGUAGAUGGUGACUGUCACAUCCUGGGCAGAGUGGUGCGUUCAGGCUCAGGGGGGGUCUCACAGAGGACACUCUGGGGUGUCUUGCUGGCCCUGCUCCUGCUCGUGACUAUAUUGGCCACUGCACUGUUCUUCAACUACUGGCGGAGGAAACAGCUAGUCCUUUCUCCAAGACUGGAUGACCCAGCACCCUUGGACCAAACCACUGGAGCCAUGGCUCUUCCUAUCUUCCGCUCAGGCUCAGACUACAGAAAUGGCCUUGGUGAGACGGUGGAGGCGCUAGAAGCUGGGGCCAUACCCUCUGCUCCACAAGACCCUUACUCCCUCUCCUCCACUGCAGCCCCUGCCAUAGGUGGUCUGGUUUCCACCACUCACGUCCACAGAGCCUCCUGUUCGGACAGCGGGAAUGGGUCCUGUGUCCCACUGCUACGGACAGAGUCCAUCCAGCUGGGGGUCCUGGACUCUACGCUCCUGGCCGAGGUCAAGGAUGUACUGAUUCCCCAUGAACGAGUGGUCACCCACAGUGACCGAGUCAUUGGCAAAGGCCACUUCGGAGUUGUCUACCAUGGAGAAUACACAGACGAAGCCCAGAAUCAAAUCCACUGUGCCGUUAAGUCGCUGAGUCGCAUCACGGAGAUGCAGGAGGUGGAGGCCUUCCUGCGUGAGGGGCUGAUCAUGCGUGGUCUGCAUCACCCAAACGUGCUGGCUCUCAUCGGCAUCGUGCUGCCACCUGAAGGGCUGCCCCGCGUGCUGCUGCCCUAUAUGCGCCAUGGAGACCUGCUCCAGUUCAUCCGCUCACCCCAGCGGAACCCCACGGUGAAGGACCUCAUCAGCUUCGGCCUGCAGGUAGCCCGCGGCAUGGAGUACCUGGCAGAGCAGAAGUUUGUGCACAGGGACCUGGCUGCUCGGAACUGCAUGCUAGAUGAGUCAUUCACAGUCAAGGUGGCUGACUUCGGCAUGGCCCGUGGCAUCUUGGACAAGGAAUACUACAGUGUUCAACAGCAGCGCCACGCUCGCCUACCUGUCAAAUGGAUGGCGCUGGAGAGCCUGCAGACCUACAAAUUCACCACCAAGUCUGAUGUGUGGUCGUUCGGCGUGCUGCUGUGGGAGCUGCUGACGCGGGGCGCCCCGCCGUAUCCCCACAUCGACCCUUUUGACCUCACUCACUUCCUGGCCCAGGGUCGUCGCCUUCCCCAGCCCGAGUAUUGCCCCAAUUCUCUGUAUGCAGUGAUGCAGCACUGCUGGAUGGCGGACCCUGCGGCACGACCCACCUUUGGAGCGCUAGUGGGAGAGGUGGAGCAGGUGGCGGCCUCUCUGCGUGGGGACCACUACGUGAACCUGGGCCUUGGCACCUUGGAAGAGGCGGACGUGCCCCCAGAACAGUUGCCGUCCACACCUAUGCACAGGAGCACCGGGAGGCCCCGACCCCUCUCAGAGCCACCAAGGCCCACGUGACCUCAGUCCUAGAUAGGCCCUGAGGGGCCGGACCUGUGUAGCCCCUUCGGGACGUUAACCCCAGGCUGCCUCUGGGCCAUGCCAGGCCUGCCCUGGCCCAACCUGCCCCUGCCCUGUCCCUGCUCCUUAACCUUCAGGGCCUAUAGGAGGGGAGCAGGGUCCCUCACUCCACGGAGGGAGCCAGUGAGGAUGAUCCUUGAUGCAGUGAGUAUUUAUUGAGCGCCUGCUGUAUGUCUGGGCCACGAGGCACAGGGGACUGAACGGUGACCAGACACUGGCCCGUGACCAGUAAAUGAACAAAUAACUAUUUAAGCACAAAUUGUGGUAAAUGCUAUGAGAGAAAAAGAGGUGGCUUUGAGAGAUUGAAGGAUAGCUCUAGAUAGAAAGAUGAAUACAGAGGUGAGGGAAUUCCCCCAGGAGAUGCCUUUUUUGCUGAGACCCUGUGAGGUGGGCGCUGUGCCAGAAGCAGAGUUGGGUGAAGAGAGGUCCUAAGGCUGGAAAGGGGUUGGCUCAGUGAGCAGGCUCCAGAGAAUAGGAAGGUAGGCAAGGCUCAGAUCCAGGUUACAGUGCCCCAGGGACUUUCAGAUAGUUCCAAGAGUGGGGGUCGAGGCCUCAAGCAUGCAGCAGCCAGGCUGGCUUCUCCCGUGCCCAGUCUGCCUGUCUCCUUCCCUGGGCCCUAGCCCCUCACCAGGGCUACCUGUUCCGCCUGCAGCCACCCCCACCACUACCACCUACGCUGUCAGGGCAUCAAGACUUGCUCGCCCACCCCUACCCCGGCCAGCAUUGUCCUUGCAGCCUUGAGAGAGAUGAGCCACAGCAAGGUCUCAGCUCCACACUUUCCAGGCCCCAGCUUCGAGGUGCUGACUGCCCACGCAGUCAAGGCCACUCUACAGUAGCCACCAGAGGGACAGGCCCCACAGGAGAGGGAGAACGCUCUGGAUGCUGGAGGGGCAGCUGGGCCCUGCGGGGAUGGGUAGCUGGGGUACCAGAGUGUCUGGGCCCGGGACAUGCAUCAUGGUGAUUCCUUUUUCUUGCUCAGGACCCUCAUAGCCUCUAUCCUGCCAGUUUGGGAGACCCCAGUUCACUUCAAGGGGAGCACAUUCCCUCUUUUGUGAGUCCCAGCUCUGUCCUGUCACAGAUGGAAGGCUGGGUUAGGGGCAAGAGCUCCCUGGUAAGCAGAGUGGGGUCUCCUUGGGACUGGAGCUGCCCAAUGUUCUUUAGCUAUACUGCUGCCCACUCUGUCACCUCAGGUAGAGGGAGGCCCAGCCAUGGGGAGCCUAAGGACUCUGAGGACAUGUGAAUAAAGCUUAAAAGGGGACUCUUCUGCUCAAGUGCAGGGAUCCAAAGAUCAGGGGCCCGUGAGCUGGAGAGGGGUAGAGAUGGACUCUGCUGCCUGUUUACCACUGCAGCUCUGUUGCCCACCUAGUACAGAUGCAGAAGAGAUUGUAGCCUUGCAUGCUCGGCCAGUGACCCUUUUCUCUCUACGUGUGUGGGAAAGAGUUGUGUCGCCACGAGGCUGUUAGAGAGCUGAGUGCAACGUCCUGCAGUAUGCCCCCCGCUGUGGUACCCAUACCAGUUGGAAAGGGUUAUCUCCAUCCCUCUGACUUGCAGUCCUUGUGCCCUGACCUCGUACUGAGGAAGCUAAGGGUCACCCAGAGUGCCAAGCCCUGGGUGGGGAAUAAGGAGAAGGCCCAGGGGCUUCUCUGAAGCUGGACUGAGGCUCCUUCCCCACUGAGCCUCUGCAGCUCAUGGACUUCUGGCUCACGUAUUCCUAAGAGAGGGGCUCAGAGAGGAAGGGGGUCUCUGGAUGGAAGGGGAGCUUAGUGAGGAGAGGGGUCCCAGAGAAGGGAGAAAGACAAGAGCUCAAGGGUUGUUGGGUUUCCUGUGUAGCCAGAAUGUGGCACUUUGGGCCUGUUUCUGGGCCAAGAGCCUCCAGGGCCAGAAUUCUCCAGGGAGGAGCCCCAGUUAAGCAGGUGCUUGGGCUCCUGGAUCAUGGCACAGCUGAACUCCCUUCCCCCAAUGUUGCAACCCCCAAGCUCUGAGGUCUGUUCUCAGGGCUACCUGAUGGUCCCAAGUCCAUCUGGAGUGUCGGGAGCUGGAACUGCUUUAGGCUUUUAAAUUCCUGACGAGGCCACCAGGGAGGUGAGGAAGGGAGAAUUAGUUCUAGGCCCCCAGAUGGGCUGGGAGACCAGGAGGUUUCUGAGUGGCUUCCAAGGCUACUGAAGGCUGGGCUGCCUUCCGGUUGUACUCUUGGUCUGCUAGCUCCACACCCAGUGCUCUGUCGGUGUUUUCCUCUCCUGAUACUCCUCCCUCGAACUAUCCAAGUCACCUGUGAGCCCUAACCCCCUGCUUUGUCUCCUGGCCACGGUGCACCCAUUCCAUGGGGGCUGAAGGGGUGUUUGAAGGAGCUGGCGUCUCCACCUCCUGACUCCAAAGGAAGACAGGAUGCAGAGAACCCCAGUCCCAGGGGGCUGUCCAGCGGAGUGAGGGGUGAUAAUCUACUCCUAAUGGAGGCUGUGGGAGUCAGAACUCGAGUGCCAGGAGGAUGUGGCUUUUGAGCUCUAAGGCAUAGGGAAAUUUAAAUAACAGAUGUUUCAACAACCUUCCCUGCAAGCCUCAGUGCCGUGACCCCUCUGCUGUGAUGUGUUACAGCUUAAAAAUAGCCCACAAUGAAGCGCUCUGAGCUCCAAUUGACUCAAGCUUACGUAACUGCGUGAAAGAUGGCCAGCCGCACCAGCCCAGAGGGAGGGCAACAGCACAGCCACCCUGCUGCCGCAGCUGGCUUAGGGGCUGGGGCCGAGCUCCUCACCCUCCCUGUGAGCAGACCCCAAUCCAGGAGCCUGUAAGAGAUGGGAACAAAAGCAGUGCUUCCAGAAACACACAUGGUUUCAGGACGGCUGAGGAGAGACCUCUAACCAGUCCUGCAGAGGGGAUGUGAGGAGAGCUGCCCUCCCUCGGGGUCCCUGAGGAACCCAGGCCCAGUAGAGGGGGGAGGGUACUUUAAGAACAGAUGGCUGGGUCACAGAGAGUAAGACAGGAGCCCAUGUGGGCAGGGUGACUGGGGGUACCCAAAGGAUUCCUUUCCCGCUUUGAAGAGGGGGCUCCCCAGCUCGGAGGAACAUGUCA